AUGGAGAAGAAUCGUGAUUGUAAAGAUGACGAUGACCAUGUAGCAGCCGAGGAGGUGGAGACUUCUCAAAAGAAUGAGAAGGAUCUUUCAGAGAUAGAGAUAGCCAACUUGACUAUUGAGAACCGAGAUGAGCUCGAGAAGAAGUUGGUUCGGAAACUCGAUACGCGUCUACUUCCUUUGAUGAUGUUGAUUUAUGUUUUGAAUUACCUGGAUCGAAACAACAUUGCGACUGCUCGCCUGGGCACUCUGGAGAAAGACCUUGGGCUACAUGGCAAACAAUACAACACCGUUAUCAGUUUAUUCUUCGUGGGAUAUAUCGUGACCCAGAUCCCAACCAACAUGAUCCUAAACAAGAUGAGACCAUCACUAUUUUUACCCGCUGUGAUGUGCUGCUGGGCGGUUGUCAGCACGUGUACUGGUGCAGUACAGAGCUACCACGGGCUCCUUGGCUUGCGCUUCGUUCUUGGUUUUGUUGAAGCUCCGUUCUUCCCUGGGGCCCUUUUCCUCUUCUCGUCCUGGUACACUAAAAAGGAACUUGCGGCCCGAAUCUCCAUUCUCUAUGUAGCUGCCCAAUUAUCAGGCGCAUUCGGUGGUCUGCUCGGUAGUGCGAUCAUGUCGGGAAUGAACGGAAAGGCAGGCCUGCCAGCGUGGAGAUGGCUCUUUAUUAUCGAGGGUGCCGCAACAUUCCCCAUCGCGGUUCUGGCAAUGUUCAUCCUGCCAGAUUACCCAGCAACCACCAAGUGGCUUACCGACGAGGAACGGACUCUGGCCAUUGCUCGCCUCGCAGAGGAGGCAAAUGAGAGCGAUCAUGAUGAGACACGGAGUAAAUGGGAGGGUCUACGACUUGCAUUCACCGAUCCGGUACUCUAUAUCAUCUGGCUUAUGCAACUGGGGCUAAACACUGCCGCCUCUUUCACCAACUUCUUUCCAACCAUCGUAAAAACCCUGGGCUACGGAACUACUAAUACUUUACUUUUGUCUGCACCACCAUACAUCUUCGCAGCGAUCCUUAGUGUUUCCAAUUCCUUGCACAGCGACCGCGUCAGUGAGCGAUGGCUUCACGUUGUGUGGCCGCAGGUCUUCAGUAGUAUCGGAUUUAUCAUCAGCGCGGUGACCUUGAAUGUGCCGGCACGAUACAUUGCAACCUUCAUGAUGAUGUCGAUCUAUGGGUCCUUCGGGUGCAUUCUUUCAUGGGUGUCCACCUCGUUGCCACGUCCUCGGUCGAAACGUGCCGUUGCUUAUGCAGUGGUAAAUGCUGGUUCCAACUUCGCCUCGAUUUAUGCCAGCUACUUCUAUCCUUCUACGGAAGGUCCAAGAUACUGGCAAGCAAAUGUGGCUAACGUAGCGUUCUCGGGGAUGUGUAUUAUGAUGGCCACCGUGUUGCACUUCACUUUGAGGCGGCGGAAUCGCCGACUGGAAAACGCCACGGAUGCAGAUAUCGCAGCGGGUCGGGACCCUGUUCUGGAAGGCUCAGAAUGUCAUGACUUGGCAACGAAGUGGAAGUGUCAUCCUAACUACCGGUAUACCACCUGA